AUGAAUAAGCUCCCAUCGAAGUUUCAUGUUACUUUAAAGGUUCUUGAGAGCUCGGAGAGCGGUGUCUCAAAAGACACGUAUGAAAAGGACUUGAGGAGCAUAUGCACACUGGAGACCCAGGAGCAUGUGUCCUAUCUCCUGCACCAUUUGAAGGACUUUGAUAAGAUAGACAAGCAAUUUUACAUAAAUGUAUUUAAGGAGGGAAUCAGCCCUGUAUGGGAGGACAAAAACAACAUGAAUGGAUGUGAUUGGAGCCUUAUGCUCAAGAAAGAAGUAUCCCAGAGAUACUUUGAGAGGCUUCUCAUAAGCUUGUGCACAGGAUACUUUAAGACAUUUGAGCCCACGGGGAUGGUUGGGAUACACAAGGACAACAGGUUCAAGCUUAGCAUAUGGUCCAAGAGUCUUCCAUCAACAGCAGACUGCGGAGAAAUAAUCAACGAGCUGAAGGCAGCACUGCAAAUAGACUUUGUAAUUACGUUUCACUACAAAAACCACUCGAAAAUACUUGCAUACCACAAGUCCCUUGAGGUAUAA